AAGAGGAAUUAAAAAUCAAGAUAAAAGCAAUAAUAGUGAUGAGAAAGAUUUUAAUACAGAUGAAGAUAGCUUAGUUUAUGAUGAAUAUUAUGAGAAAGAUGAAAAAUUAAAUAUUAUACAAGAUUGGAAUUAA